GUCAAUCUUCAGUCUAGAUUCAGACGCCGGUGAGGGAGGGUGUGCUGCGGGACAGGGGUAUAUAUUCACACAGUAGGGGCACCUUCAGCAGACCUCCGCCAUGCCGGUCUUCCACACCAGGACCAUCGAGGGCAUCCUGGAGCCCGUCGCCCAGCAGGUGUCGCGGCUGGUGAUCCUUCACGAAGAGGCCGAAGAUGGCAACGCUAUGCCCGACCUGGAGAAGCCUGUCAUGGCUGUCUCCAAGGCCGUCGUCAACCUGGUCAAGGUGGGGCGGGAGACCAUCAACAGCAGCGACGACCCCAUCCUCAAGCAGGACAUGCCGGCGGCGCUGCACCGCGUGGAGAGCGCCGCCAAGCUGCUGGAGGAGGCGUCGUCCCUGCUCAAGGCCGACCCCUACUCCCAGCCGGCCAGAAAGAAGCUGAUUGAGGGAGCGCGAGGCAUCCUGCAGGGGACGUCCGCCCUGCUGCUGUGCUUUGACGAGUCUGAAGUGAGGAAGAUCAUCCGCGAGUGCAAGAAGGUUUUGGACUACCUUGCUGUGGCUGAGGUUAUAGAGACCAUGGAGGACCUGGUGCAGUUUGUCAAAGACCUGUCCCCCUGCCUGACAAGGGUGUCCCGGGACGUGGACGCCCGCCAGCAGGAGCUGACCCACCAGGUGCACCGAGAGAUCCUGAUGCGCUGCCUGGAGGGGGUCAAGACUCUCUCCCCCAUCCUCAUCUGCUCCAUGAAAAUAUUCAUUCAGAUUUUCCAUCAAGGAGGAAAAGGAAUUGCAGAAGCUGCCGAAAACAGGAACUAUUUGACAGGAAGGAUGACGGACGAGAUCAAUGAGAUCAUCCGUGUGCUGCAGCUCACCACCUACGACGAGGAGGAAUGGGACGCUGACAACCUCACCGUCAUGAAGAAGGCGCUCAAUGCCAUUGAUGGCAAGGCUCAGGCUGCCCAUGACUGGCUCCAGGACCCCACGGCCCUCCGAGGCGGCAUUGGAGAGAAGUCCCUGCGGCAGAUCCUGGCCCAGGCGGACAGGGUGGCCGACAGGUCGCUGCCCCCAGACCGUGAGGCCAUCAGGAAGCUCUCUGGGGACAUCUCCUCCAUGACAGACGCCUUGUGUGAGCUGCGGCAGGACGGGAAGGGAACCACACCACAGGGCCAGAGCCUCGCCCGCAGCAUCGGGGAGAAGCUCAAUGAGCUGAGUGGAGCCAUCUCUCGCGCCGUGAACAAUGUGGAGCGCAGUGGCGUGCAGCAGCCGGCACACACCGUCGCCGGGCGUCUGGAGCAGGCCCAGCGCUGGCUCAACAACCCCUCCAUGGACGACAAGGGCUUGGGGCAGCAGGCCAUUGGACUCAUUGUGGAGGAGGGCAAGAAGGUUGCCUCUGGGUUGACUGGCCCAGCCAAGACUGGCAUCCUGGCUCUCUGUGAGGAGGUGGACAGCCUCUCCCAGCAGCUGUCUGAGAUGUGCAGGCGCGGCCAGGGAGACACGCCCCAGGCCCAGGCAGUUGCCAGAGCACUGUCGGCUAAACUGAAGGAGCUGAAAGACAAGAUCCAGACGGCCGUGGUGGACCGAGUUGUUGAAGACUUUGUGGACAUCACGACGCCCCUCAAGCAGUUCACCGACGCCGCCCUUGCCCCUGAAGGUACCCCAGGCCGUGAACAGAACUUUGAAAACAGGGCCAACAACCUCGCCAACUUCAGCAACCGUGCCGCCAAGACAGCCCUCAUGGUGGCCGCUGGAAGCUCUGGUGGCAACAAGAAGCUGACGGAGGCUCUGCUGUCAUCUGCAGGACAGGUGGAGAGCCUCACGCCCCAACUCGUGGCUGCUGGACGCAUCCGGAUGACGUACCCGACCAACAAAGCAGCGGAUGAGCACUUCGAAAACUUGCGCCGGCAGUAUGCUGAGAGCAUCCAGAAAGUGAGGGAUUUGGCGGAUGAAGCGACAGAUUCCGCAGCGUUCAUCAAAGCUUCAGAGGACCUGAUCAAGAGGCAUACGGCCGCCUGCGAGGCCUCCAUCAAGAACCACGAGCCCCAGGCUAUGGUGGACAACACAAGCGCCAUCGCCCGCCUGGCCAACCGCGUGCUGAUGGUGGCCAAGCAGGAGGCUGACAACUCUGAGGACCCGAGCUUCGUGGCCAAGGUCAACGCUGCCUCAGACCAGGUGCAAGUUGCCGUCACACCGAUGGUACAGAACGCAAAGGACGUGGCCAUGAACCCUGACGACCAGCGCGCCAUCAGCAGGUGGCGGCAGUCCAACCAGGCUGUUCUUCAGCCAGGUGUUGCCUUAGAACACACACAGAAAGGCCGCCAACCUGUAAUGUCACUGCUGAGUGCCGUGGGUGAGGUGCGCCGCGCUGUGAUGGUGUACCCAGACGAGCCGGUCAUCCCGCCCCCGCCCGACAUGUCCUCCCUCAGCCUCAAUGCAGCUCCCCCUCGGCCACCAGCUCCUCCCCAAAUCGACCUUGAUGAUGACAUUUUUAAAGUGGACUUUAUGAAAAUCUUUGGGGAGCCCGAGAGAGCCCUGACCCCCUCGCAGUACCAGGGCAUCCACUUGCCCGAGAGAGAUCUUGGCCCGAGUAAUGGACACACGCUGCCAGGCCCCCCCCAUCCUGUUGUGUAUUCAGAUCUAGUUAGUGGGGAGGUUGGGGCAGGUCCGUCCCCCUGCCAUGACUUGGACCGCCCCCACUCCUUCCAGUCUCCCAAUGCGGGCUUAAUAUCAGCCGUGCCAAAGUGGGGCAGAGGAGAGCCAUCUGAGACUCACUAUGACAGCUACACAGACGAUGAGCUGCCCACGGACCCUUUUCCCUGCUACAGAGAUCAGGCACCUCCCCGACCCCCCCUGCCUGGUGGGGAUAAGGCACCCCCCCCACGCCCUCCCCCACCAGAGACCGACGACGAGGAGGAGACCAGCAUGUUCAACGAGGCACCGCAGCCCAACCAGCCCAUCAUGAUGGCUGCUCACGGCCUUCACCAAGAGGUCAAACAAUGGUCGUCUCGAGACAAUGAAAUCAUCGCUGCAGCAAAGAAGAUGGCCCUGCUCAUGGCACAGUUGUCACAGCUGGUGCGAGGGGAAGGUGGCACCAAGAAGGACCUGAUCGCCUGUGCUAAGUCAAUUGCCGAGGCCUCUGAGGAGGUGACCCGGCUAGCCAAGGACCUGGCCAGGGAGUGCACCGACAAGAGGAUGAGAACGAACCUCUUGCAAGUGUGUGAGCGCAUCCCCACCAUCGGAACGCAGCUCAAGAUUCUGUCCACCGUCAAGGCAACAAUGCUUGGCGCCCAGGAGUGCUUCCCUCGACGUGAAUCGGAGAUCGAGAUCCUGAUUGGGUCCAGCUCGGAGGAGGAUCAGGAGGCAACGGAGAUGCUGGUGGGUAAUGCCCAGAACCUGAUGCAGUCCGUGAAGGAGACGGUGCGCGCUGCCGAGGCCGCCUCCAUCAAGAUCCGCACCGACGCUGGCAUAAGGUUGCGCUGGGUCCGCAAGCAGCCCUGGUACCAGUAUUAAGGACGCCACUUUUCCACACUACUACCACUACUUUUUCACACUACUACUUCAUAUAUGUUCUACAUAGCCUAUGAAUUGUAUAGAUAUGCGAUAUACACAGUAUAUAGCUAAAGGUAAAGAGAGGUCUAUUUUAUAUUGAAUUUCAAAAGAAUACAUAAUAGCUUAUUGAUGGGCAUUAUUGUUUGGCUAUAAAGUUUGAUUGAGUUGCCGCCAUGUUUGGGAAAGGUGCAGGAAAUGUCCAAUUUGAGAACUUCUGCAGUAGCCCGAGUCUUGUAGCUGAACGAUGUGCUCAGUAAACCCCCACAGCUUAGGUCACAAGGCCAGGUCUUAAUAGUGUUUGGUGAACAAGAUUACGUUGCCACGAGACAUUACUCAUUACGGAGAAGCUUGUGUUCUGUUGGAACAUGUACACAGUCAACACUGCCUUAAUACCAUGUAAUGAAUGUUCUUGUAAAUAAUUUUUAUGGUUUGCCAUAACCAAUUAACUUCGUAAGUUAAUUUCUGUGAUCUCCCAGAAGCAAAUAUUGCAUAAAAAGAAUAUUGGAAUACUUAAUGAAUUCAAGUAUUGACGAAUGAUUCAUCUUCCACGCCAAAAAAAAAAUAUCUGAAGAUGCGAAACACUCAACAUUUUCAUCAGCUGUGAAUGAUAAUUUCUUCUAAAAGAAGUUAGAAAUAAACACAAAAAUGUCCAUCAGGUUAACCUUUACAUACAGCAAACCCUCAGUCAUCCACAUCUGCAUUGUGUGAAACUCAAUAUCAUCUGCCAGGGGACCCAGAGCCGCAGAUCUGUCACCACAGCCUGUCGGGGACGGAUGACUGGUGGAAGUUGUCUGCAUUAAGACUGAGAUGUGCAGCACUGUCUCAGUAUCUGCAUAACUUAUCGUAAAGUCUGUAAGCCAUGUAUAAAACCAUCACAAAACCAACAUAAUAUUCAUGUAGUGUCUGGGAUUUAUGUGGACAGAGAAAACCGCUCUGAUGGUUCUCACAGCACCAACGUUGCUGUUGCAUUCAAGAGUUUUGAUGUGGCCAUACAAAUAGUGCUGGCCUCGGCUGAAAUGAUGCAGAUGACUGAGGCUUUGCUGUACACAUGUUAAUGUGCCAAAGCAGUUGUCUUCCUUCUAUGAAGAACAAUGACAUACAUUCUGUUUUGUUAUGUUUAAACUACUACCAACUUAAAAAUUUGUUUAAGUAAGCCUGUUACAUUUUUGUAAUUGUAUGAUUCACAUAAUUUACUUAAUUGUUUUCAAUUUACUUUAAAAAUUACAAAUGAUAAGCAUUUACUCCUACUUGCAAGUUUAGCCAGAUUUUUUCACCAAAUUGUUCAGGGAAGCAAUGCCAUAUCAGUGUGUUAUCACAUUGUAGAUUUCUGCUGGAUUUUCAGGUAAUUCUUGCAAUGUAUCACGCACUUCCUAAGCUAAAGUUUUCAGGCAGACAAAACCACUUGAGAAAUCUUCUUGACUAGGUAUGUCAGAAUGUAAAGACUAUCCACUUUCUGGAGAAUUAGACUUGCAAUAUUAGGUUAGUCACGACUGCCGUGCAGUGUAGUGGUGAGCUGCCGCCGCAGAUCAAGGCUGAUCUGACGCCCCUUGUGCAAAACUAAUGGAUUACUGUAGCUUAACACAUGACUAGUGUCUGUUUCUUUGGUGCUUACCUUGUAGUCUGUCACACAGCAGAUUUAUACCCAUGUAACUGUUAGGACAAGAGAGUACACUAUGAUAGAUUUAUGCUCAUUGAUUUAGGUUAAGGUGGAACUAAUAAGGGUAUAAUAUUGAGCUUGUUGAUAUGAUUUUUGUUGUGUUUGUAAUAAUUUGAGUGCCUUUAAGCUGUAAUUAAGAUGAUUUACCAUGACUUAAAUGUUUACAGUCUUUUAUAGAUAUCUUAAUCCUUCAAGGAAGUUCAGGUUCCCUAAGUGCAUACAACCCCUGAGUAGAGAGGUCGAUAGCGUUCCUGUUUUGAUUCUUGUAUUCCUCUCUGGUUCCAACGCCCUAGUGAUUUAAGCACCUACAAUCACGCUGAGGCCUUAUAUAGUUGAAGCACUAAAUGCCACUGUGAACAGGAGGUGUAUCUGUAAUUUAUAGCUGCUUAUAGAAAAAAGAAAUUAAACAUUCAAAUUGUACCAUUCUGUGCAUUUCAUUAUGCAUAGGUUAAACAUCCAGAUGAUUCACACACACAAAGUCUACAAUUCCUGGUGAUGCAGUGCUUCUGUCGUCCGCAUGUGUGGUUGCACAAAGGAAAAGUCUGGAGCAUGAGGAGGGCGACCCAGGAGCCUCCCACUGGACUCCUGGCAGUGAGGGGCUUCGGCCAGCCAAGUCCUGCUUCACUCUUCUCUAAAUUCUCGGUCCACCUUGAAAACUUGUCUUGGUUCCAUUUUCAAUCUUUGACAUGCAAGAUCUGAUAUUUUAUAAAAAAAAGUAUAGUGAAUAAUCAUGA